CUUAGAUUGGGAGAAGAUGCAAGUAGUGGUACAAAGUCCGAGUCAUAGUCCCUCUCGGGAUAACUUUGAUUUCAGUGGUGCCAUGAGUUCAUCUUAUCUGAGUGCUCCUUCUUCACCAAAGCGUUUUGGGGAAUAUUUCUUAAGCGCACCCGCGAGCCCAACAAGAUUGUCACAGUUAUAUAGUGAAUUUGAUUACUUUUCACCCUCAACAACCCCAUUUGAAGCACCCACCAAUAACGUGGAUGGUGAUGAUGAUGAUGAUGAUGAUGGUUUUGCGUUUUCUGUUAGUAUUGAAUUAGACAAAUCGUCUCGUUCAGCUGAAGAGCUCUUCGAUGGUGGAAAAAUUAAACCUUUCAAGCCUGAAGAUGAUGAAGUGUUCGCAUUUCAUAAAAGCAAAGUUGUGUCUCAGAAGCAACACAACAAUAAAACCCAUAGAAGAGGCAGAGAUAGAACUCCAGCAACAGUGCUUUCAUCAUCAAACUCGGGUCGCAGGGUAACACGAUCACACUCUCCUUACAGAAAAUCAUGGGAAGAAGAACAACAACCUCGGAUCAACAAAGAGGAGUCAACCUUGUCCUCAAACACAAAUUUAUCUUCUUCUUCUUCUUCUUCAAAGGGUUCAAGAAGAUGGAGAUUGAGGGACUUGUUGUUGUUCCGUAGUGCCUCUGAAGGGAGAGGGUCAAGCAAGGAACAAUUCAAGAAGUUAAAGGCUGAAGAAGUUAAAGGUUCGAGCUUUAGAUCCUCAGAUUCAUCAUCAGCACAUGGGUCGAGAAGAAAGGGAAUAGUUUCGCCCCACGAAUUGCACUACGCCAUUAAGAAAGCUGAAUCUCAGGAUCUGAAGAAGAGAACUUUCUUGCCAUACAAACCGGGGAUUUUUGGCAGGUUGUCUGGAUUCGGACUCUAA